GAAAAAAGUAGUGAGACCGAAAAGUGGGUGAUGGCAGCUCGCGAGCAUGGCGUCGUCGUCGUCGUCGGCGGCGGCGGCUGCGACCCCUUCCAGCGGAGCUGCGAUGGAAGCCGACGGGCUCGAGUUCUUGCUGGAUCCAGUAGACCGGUUCCCGCCUAGGGAAGAAUUCGCGGAAAGGUUUGAGCACCCAUAUCCUGUGCCACUGGCGUUACUGUCGCCACGCGAGGAGGCGCCUGCUUUGCCGGCGGAUUCCAAUUUGCGGCUCCGGCUGUGCGCAGCGGGUAGGGAGCUGCAGCCCUGGGCGGUCUGCAGGCGAGUGCUGCCGGAGGAAGAAUGCCUCGCCGACCCAAUCUGCGAAAUCCACUGGGAAGGUGAAUCCCGAAGCCCCCUGAUGGACGAAGAGAGGUUGUGCUUCUGUAGUGCACUACCAGACCAGAUGCCGCGUGCCUCGCGGAUGAGUGCGCUUGAACAAUCUAUCCACAAAUUUGCAGAAGAACCUACAAAAAGUGCGGUGAAACCAGAUCUUGGGUUGAGUUUUUACUUGUUGGGUGACGCGUAUGACUUACAAUUUGUAUUCUUGGGAGGUUGGCUUCGGCAUACGGUAUGGGGAGAGCAGGCUGAACGACGAGCGGACAAAGUCGAUGCACGAGAUAAUUUGUGGCUCAGUGGCUGUUCGGGGAAGCCUGAGGCGGAGAACGGCCGGUCGUGUAGGUGUAAAUGCCCUGUGUUGAUUAGGCUGUUGAGGGCAUCCGACAACAAGUUGUACAUAACUGAGUACAGCGAGAAUCACAACCGCUCUUUGUCAUUGACAAUGGUCGAGAAGGUUCACUGGCCGUCACACAACACACAUAGAUGUUUACGCAAAGGAUCCUAUAAAACAGUUGCAGGAAAAUAUUGUGAACCUUGGGAAAGUGUAUAGCAUCAUCGGAAGUUUCUUCAGGUCGUGAACUGGCAGACGAUGACGUGUGGAAAACUUUGGAGGUUUUCGCCGACAUUGUGGCUGGAGACCCUGAUUUCACGUAGUUCUUGUGGAUAGCGGGAGCAGGAGUGAGAAUUUGAUGUGGAUAAACGGUAGCAGCCUGAUGCAGUACAAGUUCUUUAGGAAUGGCAUCACUUUUGAUACGACGUAUAGGAUGAAUCUAUAUGACAUGCCGUUUGGUCUUUUUGUUGGGGGUUAACAACCACUUCUUGAGCAUUAUAUUGGCUGGUGUGUUGGUGAGGGACGAUCAA